GCUAAUGACAGGCGGGCCAUGUGAAAUGGCUAGGUGACGUCAAGUCUCAUUUCACAGAGAGUGAAACAAACAUGGCGACAGAAUGGAGUGGGAAGAGGUAUAUUCUGACUGUAAUAGUUUUCCUAUGGAGUGGAAUUGGUGAAUGUUCGGGGACAGCAGUCACCGAGGGCAGUAACAUCCGAAUCUUUGGCAUGAGGGUGCUACAAAGCACCAAGGAGGCAACGGUCAACGAGGAAGGGAUCAUCCAGGUAGUCGAGGACAGUCACAUCCAUCUCAGACUCUAUGGGCUACAAAUCAGCAAUAACACUUCAUCACAUUUUAAGUUUACGGAACGCGACGAGGACGAAGAUAUUGAGGAUGACGAUGGAGCUUUUAAUAGGACUUGUGGCGAUUUUACCAAAGAUAUUGACAUUCGGACUAACAUGACAGUAAAUGCAAAAGGUACAGCAGCGGUUCUGAGUCUAAGAGUUAAACAGCUUCGGAAGAACGAGCCACACAAAGACUAUGGGUUGUGUGUCAAACAACAACAGGAUGGUAAAUGGUACCGUUUGGGAAAACCUGACGGCUGGCUACAGGUGGUUGAGGAGCCCGGGAGUCUACUGCCCCUCUGGCUUCAGAUCAUACUCAUCUGCUGCCUCCUGGUCCUGUCAGGUAUGUUCAGUGGGCUAAACCUCGGGCUCAUGGCGUUGGACCCCAUGGAGCUGCGAAUCGUACAAAAAUGUGGUACAGACAAGGAGAAGAAGUAUGCAAGUAAGAUUGAGCCCAUACGACGGAAAGGAAACUACUUGCUGUGCUCACUUCUCCUCGGCAACGUGUUGGUCAACACCACACUCACCAUCCUGCUAGACGACCUGAUCGGCUCUGGGUUUGGUGCUGUGAUAGCCUCCACCAGCGGCAUCGUCGUGUUCGGUGAGAUCAUACCCCAGGCCUUGUGUUCUCGGCACGGCCUGGCAGUCGGUGCCAACACCAUCGUGCUGACCAAGUUCUUCAUGUUGCUCACGUUUCCGCUGUCCUGGCCCAUCAGCAAACUCCUGGACUGUGCGCUGGGUCAGGAGAUUGGCACGGUGUAUAACAGGGAGAAGCUCGUGGAGAUGCUGAGGGUGACAGAGCCAUACAACGACCUGGUCAAAGAGGAGCUCAACAUGAUCCAGGGGGCUCUGGAGCUCCGUACCAAGACAGUGGAGGACGUGAUGACCCCCAUCACCAACUGCUUUAUGAUCAGCAGCGACGCAGUCCUGGACUUCAACACCAUGUCCGAAAUCAUGGAGAGUGGCUACACGCGCAUCCCCGUGUUCGACGACGACCGUUCCAACAUUGUGGACAUUCUGUUCGUGAAGGACCUGGCCUUCGUGGACCCCGACGACUGCACGACGCUGAAGACCAUCACCAAGUUCUACAACCACCCAGUCCACUUCGUCUUCCACGACACCAAGCUUGACUCCAUGCUUGAGGAGUUCAAGAAAGGUAAAUCUCACCUGGCCAUCGUGCAGAAGGUAAAUAACGAGGGCGAGGGCGACCCCUUCUACGAGGUGCAGGGAUUGGUCACUCUGGAGGACGUCAUAGAGGAGAUCAUCAAGUCCGAGAUCAUGGACGAGACCGACCAGUACACGGACAACCGCACGAGGAAGAAGGUAGAGGCCAAUAAGAACAAGAGGGACUUCUCUGCCUUCAAGCACGAGAGCGAAUCUAAAGUGAAGAUCUCACCACAGCUGCUGCUAGCCGCACAUCGCUUCCUCGCCACAGAGGUGAGCCUGUUCAGCCCGGACCAGAUCUCGGACAAGAUCCUUCUGAGGAUCCUGCGGCACCCGGACGUGAUCCAGGAGAUCAAGUUCAACGAGAACGAGAAGCGAUCGGCGCAGCACUACAUCUACACGCGUGGCAAGCCCGUCGAUUACUUCAUCCUCAUCCUACAGGGCCGUGUGGAGGUGGAAGCAGGGAACGAGAACAUGAAGUUUGAGACGGGGCCCUUCUCCUUCUACGGCGUCAUGGCUUUGGCGUUCCGCUCCCCCUCCCACAUGGGCGGCCUGAACCACGCAGCCUCCCUCACACUGACCGACCACCUGCCCUUCAGCGGCAGCAACAGCCAGCUCAACAGCCUCGCCACCCCUCAGUACGUCCCAGACUUUGGCGUCCGGGCACUCACUGACAUCCAGUUCGUUAAGAUCACCCGUUCGCAGUACCAGAACGGGCUGAUGGCGUCUCAGCUGGACAGCUCUCCCCAGUCCCCAGAGAGCGGUAGUGGCAGCGGCCACACCAGGCAGGGCUCCAGCUCCACACCCCUGAGUGAGGACCCCGUGGUGGGGGCCGACGAGACCACCUCCCUGCUCAACAACCAGAACCAGAGCCAGAGCCAGAGCCAGAGCCGCCAGCCCCAGCACCAGAUCAACAACAGCACCCACACGGACAGCAAUGUGUGAUGUGGUGCAAUGCAGGAGUAGAGGACCAUCCACCUAAACACAUACACACUCGAAAACACCCCCCCUGCCACACACACACACACACACACACACACACACACCCAUGCACGCACGCACACACACACCCAUGCACGCACGCACACAUGCAAACACUAAAUCCUCUGCCCCCAAAACGACAAUGAAACGACAAUCAUUCAUCCAGUGUGUCUCUCACACAGAGAUGGAGCUCUCGGUCAUGAACUGUACAUGUGAUCUCUCUCUCUCUCUCUCUCUCUCUCUCUCUCUCUCUCUCUCUCUCUCUCUCUCUCUCUCUCUAUCUCUCUCUCUGUCUUUUUCUUUCUUGCUUUUUUUCUCUGUCCAACAAACACACUCACACUCCCACUCCACCAUUUUAUCACCUCUGUUAAAGGAGUGUAUUGUGAUUCUUAGAGGUUGGGAGAGAAUUCCUUUGAGUUUUGAAAACAUUUCUUCUUCCUUCUGAAAACUCGGCAAGCUUGAUCCAAAGAUUUUGUGUACGCCUACACCCUGCACGCGUGCGUGUGUUUCAGCGGGGGACAAAACAAAAACUGCUAAGGCUAAAGAUGGCAUGCCACGCAUGUUUCUCAUUCCUGGUCUUAUUUUAUAGACUCUACAAUACAAUAGAACACAAGGACUUUUCUAUGAAAGAAAAAUGCAAACACAUAUGAGAUAGUUGUUUAUUUUGCUAUUGAAUUUUUUUACCAGCAGAAACUCUUAGAUGUAUUGCUAGGUACAAUGCUCCACUGCAGCCACAACAAGGCUGGAAAUAGACUCCACACUCAUAGAGGUCUGCUCCUUUGGCUGUGUGUGUGUGUGCGUGU